UAUUUAUUGGCUGCACGGCUGUGUGUUUGUUCUGUGUUUGUCCUGGUAGGGAGGCUAUUGUGUGGCGUCGUCAUUGGCCGGGUCACGAAGAGAGAUUAAUGUUGAUUUAGUGAGGCAAAGGGGAUUUAGAGACAGAGGGGUAGAUAACUGGUGUUAAUAUGAAUGGAGGAUAUAGCAAGGUGCUGACCUGUUUGGGUUUUAUUAGAGAGAUGUGGAAAAGUUUGUGACGAGAAGAUUUUGAGUGGCUAAAACUCUGAGGCCAUAAGACUACUGAACAUCACAUGCUAGGCAUUGUGGCCUGGUGACCUAUUUGGAUUUUAUGAGAGACUCGUGAAAAAAGCUGAUGUUUCUUUCUUAAAGACCUUCAGGCUAAGCUGCGUAUAGCCGACUUCGUGGUAGACAUUUUAUAUUGUGGUAAUUUCAGGAACGGAUGGGCGGCUUAUUGAAAUUUAAUUGGAAAGCCUAUGGGGAUACGAAUGGAUAGUCUUUGGAGAGAACUACACCUGUUACACAAGUACCAACACAGACCUUGUCACAACCACUGCUGAUCGUAGGACCUCCCAAUAACCGUAGUGGAUAAUUAUUUUCUACGUAAAGAAAAAAAAAAGGAAGCAUCUUUACCAGAAAAAAAAAAGAAUCAAAGGAAAUUCUUCUAUUUUUGUACCCAAUGUGUCAUACGUUUAUACACUGUAGAGUGUAUAGAUAGAAGUUUUGUACAUAAACUGAGCAUUUAAAGAUUUUACAUAAUCUGUGUUAUAAAUCUGACACCAAAGAGGUCAGAUAAUUUGUCAAAAUAACUGGUUGUUACAUAAAUAAAAACUUUUCAAGAACAGACGCAAACAUGGCUAUGGUAAAUCCGGCAGCAGGGAUACCUAAUUCGGCAGUAAUGAACCCAAUGGCGGCUGCUCAACUGGCUACUUUGGCCAAUCAAAAGGAUUCUCGUUGGCUAACGCUGGAAGUGUGUCGAGAAUACCAAAGGAACAAGUGCACACGUACAGAGCUGGAGUGUAAAUUCGCACACCCUCCUCCGCAUGUGGAAGUUCAGAAUGGAAGAGUCACAUGUUGUUUUGAUUCUAUAAAGGGUAAAUGUCAAAGGAAGGAGCCACCAUGUAAAUAUCUUCACCCGCCCCAACAUCUUCGAGAGCAGCUUCUACAAAAUGGUCGAAAUAACUUGAUCAUGAAGAACCUACAGAUGCAGAUGCUGACACAACAGGCUGGUUACCAGGUGAUGCCCAUGACAUAUGACACAAGUGGCAAGACAUUUGCGUACUCAAGUGCCCCCGUAUGGCCUCAAGCGGUGACAGGCAUUGUGCAAGCACCGCGGGUUAACCCCAUGACAGCCAGGACGCAAGCAGAGGGGGUGUGGCCCUAUACAAGUUACUGCGACAUAGAGUCCACCUCCCCACUAGAGGAGGCGUACCUACGAUCUAAAAACCCGGCCUCCAACUUUUAUACGGCCCCCCAGUACAUUGGCGGUGUCCCCCCUGCAUUCCAGUACGCCACGUCCCUCCCAGGAAUCCCAGCCGCGGCGGGCUUGAUCAGCAGCACCGACGGGAACCAAAUGAUGCAGUCCAUGGCGCUGGCUUCCACGGCUCAGCUCCCCGGAGGGGUCCCCACCACGGUCGCCGCCCAGUCCAAGCUGCAGCGGGCAGAUAGACUAGAGGUAUGUCGUGAGUUUCAGCGCGGAGCGUGCAGUCGUGAGCACGAUGAGUGUAGAUACGCCCACCCCCCUGACAGCGUGCACAUUGACCCAAACGAUAACCAUGUAACUGUCUGUAUGGAUUACAUUAAGGGGAAGUGCUCGCGCGACUCGUGUCGUUACUUCCACCCUCCUCCUCACCUUCAGGCCCAGAUUAAGGCUAUUCAACAAAGAGCUAAUGCUGCUGCUGCCGCUGCCACUGCUCAAGCCCAAGCUAUGGGCAUGGUCCCAGGAAUGCCGCAGUACAUCAAGCGUCCGGCCGUAGCAGAUAAGAAUGGGCUUCCUGUCUACCAGCCAACCACCGCCACUGCCUACCAACAGGCUCUCUCCAUGCAGCUACAGCACCAGCAAGGUUAUAUGCCAGUAGCAUUUACUGGACACCCUGCCAGUGUGCAGAGAUUUUAAGUCGGGUCAGUGCCAGCGACCACAAUGCAAGUAUGUGCACUUAGUAGAGGAUUAUGUGGAAACGAAUGAUGGAAAAAUUACCAUCUGCCGAGACUUUGUCAAAGGUAAAUGCUCGCGCCCAAUGUGCAAGUAUUACCACAUACCGGUGUUGAUUCAACCAAUUGUGAUCUAGAUGCCAUGUAUUAGGAGAGUGAGGACUUUUCCCGAAGCCAUGAAAGAUAUGAAACUAUUGCCCAAUUGUUUCUCUUUGAGAUAAUCAAGCUGCCAUAUAAAAUGAGGAUUAAGAAUCCAUUUAGCCAUGACAGGUGCCUGUAAAACAAGGACUAAAGAAAUGAGAGUGAUUGCAGUCUUCUCUGAGUGCAGAAUUUUGCAAUAAGACUUGGAUGUUCAGUUGGCCUCUUUUGUAAGGGAACGAGAUCUUUAAUUGGGUCAAGGUCUUUCGAGGUCAAGAAUAAUGUGUUCUGGAGGAUAUGUAGGUAGAUUUACACAAUGUGGCAGGUAUAAGGGAUGUUAUAGUCCUAGUUACUUUAGUAUAAAAUUGCCAAAUAAUAAAAUAAAAGUGGUCUCAUAUCACCCAUUGAAAACUUUUAUUGGGUGUUCGCAACCCUAGUUGUUACUUAUGUACUUGUUGUCAAAAUUUACAGUUACUUUUUAUAUACAUUCAAUAUUGAGAGUUAUCCAUUCUAUAUGCAAAGAAGUACAUUGCAGUUGUGACAGCUCCCAAGCCAAAUUGAAAAAAAAAAUCCGUCUUUUUUAAGGGCUAGCUUUAGUUUAUUGAUUACUCUAAAGCAUUUGAUAUUGUUAUAAUAAUGUUUUCACUUUUGCCAAUGGGCAGGAAAAAAGCAACACUGCUUAGAUUGUUGGUUGAAGUACCUUGCAAAAUUUAUAGGAACAACUUAGCUUUGUGGUAUCCAUGGCAACACAGAUAAGAUGGCUGAAGCUACUUUGGUUGCUAAGCUUUAAUGAAAGUGACGCAUGAUCCGACUACUAUUUAGCGGUGCUAUGUUUCCCCCCAAAGAUUAAACCAGUACAUAUAUAUGAUCUCCUUAAUUAGUGUAUUAUAUCAAACUGUUGGGUAGUUUUUUUCAUCUGGUUUAAUCUUAGCAGUGAAAUAUAGCACUCUAAGUGUGUGUAUAUAUACAUCUUAUAUAUAGUUUACUUGCAAGUGGUUCAUACAACUUUAUAUCUGACCUGGCCUGGCUUUUAUAAUGUGUACCUUACAGAACAGAUUAAGAGUGCUCAAUAUUACAGUAUAUAGAACUUGUAUGUUACAUAUACAUAUGUUAUUGUCAAGAGAGCAUGGAGAGAAUGGAGGUGGGCUCCAAGGAGUUUUUUUAAUGAAAAGUGAUGGGGAUUUUUUUUCUAAGGAAAUGUAUAUCCCAUGGAGGUGAUUUUCUGCAAAAGGCGUAAAAAGAGUGUGUUUCGCAGGUUGUUUUCUGACAGUUAAACACGAAAGUGCAAUGCAAUUUUUAUAUGUCCAAUAUAAAACCCAAAUUUAAUUGAUUCCAUUACAAUUCUAUGUGCCAUAAAUAAGAAUAGUGACAGUCUGACAGGCUGGCCAUAUGAUGGAGAAAAGUAUGGACAUACAAGUUUGUAAGUAACAUCCCUAUGGGGCAGAAUGGACCCUCCCAGAGGCAGAAUGGCUAUUACACCAGAUGAGUUUAUUUUGUUCUGUUUAAGGGGGUGGAGGUCAAAAAUCCAUGCUAGUUAGAAUAUAUUUUAUCUUAUUUGAUGUAUUGUUUGUAGAUUGGUAUUACUUAUACUAUUAUUACAACUAUUAUAAUUAUUAAUUAUUAUUAUAGUGCAUUUUUAAUUGACUUGUAAGUAAUUUUUUCUUUUAUUUAGUUAAGUUUUACAUGAGUUACUACAUUGUGACUAUUUGUAGUGCGUACUUUAUUCAAGAUGUACACCAGAGUCGAGUAAGGGGAUAUAGGGUUGCAAGGCGUAGGGGAAUUUUUUGAGUACUUGUAUGUAUGUACUUGUCAUUGUUGAAAUGGUGCAGAGAAUUUUAAAGUUAAAAAACUUCCAUAUAAGGAAGGAAUCAAUGAUACCAAAUACAGUUUUAAGCUAUUUUGAUACAAGCUUAAUUGAUAAGUUACUUUAACAUAAAAAAAUAAUAAAGAAAAUUUUGCCUUUGUUUUAAACUGAGGCGUUAGUGUGUUGGUAGUAACAAAAAUUGAUGUUAAUUGGUAAAAUGUGAAGGGAAUCACUCAAAGUGUGAUAUAAAGAUUUCCUGUUUACUUUGUAAUCAUUAUCAUAGUGAGUAGGUACAGUAUAACUAGCACUAUUGGAUCUGUAUAGUUGUUUUCGUGUUAAACAAAGUGGGCACUGGUCGUCCACUUUUAAAAGAGGUGCUCAUUUUCAGCUCUUGUUCAGUCCAUGGAGUACGAAUGAUGAAGCAGUUAUCCAAAUUUUGAAAAUGAGUUAUUGAAAAUUGGAAAAAGUGACACAUCCUGUUAUUGUGACUUAAUAUAUAUGUUUACUUACAAACAAUCUGCCAUGAACAGUUCUUUGUAAGUAAGCUUAGAAAAAUUUUCAGUGUCUUUCUUCCUGCCCCCCAUCUCUGUUGUCCAUUCACCAAAUCCUUUGAACAUAUAGAAAAUUAAAGGAAAUUCUUAUAUAUUAGAAAUAAUUCCAGUAACUUAAAAAAUGUUAUCUUUUUUGUAAUUUGAGAUAUAAAGCAUAAAAAUGUCUUCAAAAUGCCUUCCCAGUACAGAAGAGGGACAGGGUUCAUUUUGAUUGAAAUAUUCCAUUAUUUUAAUUUCUAAUUAAUCUUGAAUACCAAAUUAAGUGAUUGAUCUUCAAAGCAAGCUGAGUAAAAUGGAAUUGUCAUAGAAUAUGCACAUAACAGGGUGAAGAUCUUAUUUUCAUGCGAAAUUGAAAGCCUUCAGAUUUCUGCUCCACAACUGAACAAGAGCUUGUGUCAAAAAACACAACGUUAAGAACAAAUGUGUUUAUAAUUACUUGUACAUUUUAAUUUCCAUAUAUAUAUUAUAUAUAAAUCUUUGUGUCAGUUCUCAAGGUUGAAUUACGUUGAUAGUCCACUGUAAUGAUGAUUAAGUAGAACGUGAUGUUUUGAAGAUUUGAGUAAUGGUUUGCUGUUUUAUAUAAUAAUAGCCCAAGAUGAUUUUAGUGGAAUAUUCUUGAAUUGGAUUUUAAGUGACAUUGCAUUGGUCUUGAUUUUUAAAACUUUCAGAUUCAUAUUUUUCCAAAGUAUUUAAUCAGGUGUUUUAAUUAAUCUAGUAACUAGUGGAUAUCAAUGAUUUUAAAAAAUGUUAAUUCACCAAUUAUUGUAAAAAAGGAGUACAAUGAUACAAUGACAUUGGUAAAAAAUUUAUAUAAUUUUUGUGAUAUUUUAAUACCAGUUCUGUUACCUAUACCAAGUAGCUGUGUACAAAUUUUACAGUAGUUAUGUAUAUCGUAAGAAAAAUCUUGUUCAAGUGUUGUCGAUGCAAUGUCCAAAAGGGACUCUAAAAAGCUGCCUGAAUGCUGCUAGGUUACUGAACGUUAAAUGUAUUAUUUACAUAUUGAACGCCAUAUAGUUUCCAGUCUAGUCACAUGGGUGGUCACAUGAUUGUCAUGUGACCACCAUCAGCGAAUUGAAAAAUGCGAUGGUGGUUAAUUUGUUUUGUUUGUAGUACAUGCUUUAUAAGAUCACACUUGAACAAGAUUGUAGUUCGUCUUUUUUUUUUCAUUUUGUUACAAUGUUGUUUAAGAAACAUUGGAUUUUGCAGUGGGGACGUUACAUGUCAAACAUUGGACGUCACCAUCAUUGUUAUGUAUCCUAUUGUUACUGAUAUUGGAUUUGUUUAUUUUCGAAUGAAAGAUAUUAAAAAGACAUGUGAUGUCUUCUUUCAAGAUAUUUUCAAAAAAAAGUGAAAAAAAUGAAAGUUGCCGUAUAGUUGUGUUUCAAGUCAAUUGCAUCACUACAAAAUUGCAUGAUGUAAUAGCUUUCACGUACCCGCCCACAUAGGACUAGCACUUUACUCUGCUCCCCUGCCGUUAGGCUGUCAUGACAAUUUUACUGCAAGGUUUUUGUAUAAAGAUAGAUGAUGAUGAUGCAGGAUGGGACUAUUUUGCCUAGCUUUUUCCAGCUUUUUUGCAGCUAUUGAUAUAACAUUCUGUACUACUGUAAAGCCCUGUCACCUGGUUUCAUGAUCUGUGGUGGGCUGUUCUUGUCUGCUGUUAGCUAUUGUAUUGUAAAAUAUCUUGAAAGAACAAUGAAAUUCAGUGGGUAGACUUCAAAAACACCGCUUAAGUGUGCAUGCUAUCCAGUAGGCCGAAGACAGGUUACGACCUUGCCAAAUCAAGGUCAUAACCUCUCAAGGUCGGGCAUUUGAAGGUUACAGGAAGUUCACAAAAUCCAAUGCCUUAAUAACAAGGUAGAGACUACUGCUUUGUGCUUUGCCAUUAUAAGUUGAUUGUAUAGGACAAAUUGAGCAAGAGCAUAGAGUGGAGAGGCUUCUUGGUGCUGCAUGAGAUAUGUUGGGCGCUUUUCUCUCACGAGGCAUUGGACCAUUCCUUGAUGGUGCUAUUUUGUGUGGUAGACAUGGUGCAUUUGAUUCUCAAAACUGACAAAGCAAGUUGCCAUAGGAUUUCUUGAAAUCCAUGAUUCAAAACAUUUCCGUAAAAUUUCUUGUCCUUUUUUUUUCUAAGUUGGGAGGAUAAGUAGUCCUUCGUUCACCAUGGAUGAAAAAAAUGUGCCAAAUGUGCUUUUUUUCCAAGGUGCAAGAGGAAUAAUGGCCCAGUUUUGGGAGUAAAAGUGGAUAAUCAUUCUAAAUUCCUAAUUCGAGUGCCUCUUUUAAAUAGUAAUGGGAUAUGGCGUUUUCUCCUUCAGAGAGAUGGAAGUUUUCUAUGAAGUAUAUUUGAACCAUUUGAUAAAGGAUAGAGGGGAUAUGUGCUGUGGAAAUUCUUGAAUUUUUGGUUCACGAACUCAGUUCGGUAAAACAAAAAAA